GCUCCUUUGGCUUCCGUACCGUGAUCAAUAUAUGCAGCAGAUAAUGAUCAUACACCUCAUUUGUCUGGUAUUGUACAGGACUAUGUGCAUAAAGCAUAUCUGUUAUCUUUUUCAGAUACAAGUCCACGCGCUAACCUCGUUAUCUUCUUGUAAAAAUUAUCAAAUGCGUAUCCCGGUCUUAGACUUUGCCAAUCGAUCAGCAACUCAUUCUAGAACAUGUUCCCUAACCUUAUUGUUCUGUGUCACAACUACAUAGUUUUUGUAAUAUUUCGUGAUCGCCUUAAAUAUUUUGCACUCAAUUGACUGGUCCCUAUUUGGGGCUCAC